AAUAGGGGGAUUUAGCAGUAUACGGUCACGAAAUCUUUUGUUAUUGUCUUGAUCUUGACUUUUCGACUCUAGUACCCUGUUAUGUACCGCCAAAACUAUGUUUUGUAGUAAAAACUAUAAUUCGAAUACGCGAUUUUGAUAUGCGUCAUUUUCCUGUAUUAAAAUUCGGUUGUGAGUUGUGUUUUCUUGAUUAAAACUUUUGGAAAAGCUUUAUUUUAUGAAAAUGUUAUUGAUUUACGUUACAAAUGUCUUGCAAUUAAAAUUGAGCACCUGUUGCGAACGAGGCGCGAGCGCGAGCUUACUAACGAAAGCCUAGUUUCUUUGUUGUCGUGAAUCAAAACAAAGGAGUUCUCAUGCGAGAAUAUAGGCGCUUGCAGUGCUUGCAACCCAAAUAAUCAAACCGGUUGAACUGUCAGUGGGUUGUGCGUUGUGCGUCAGUGUGUAGGAGCGGACGGGAGCGUGGUGUCGUGCUCGGACUGAGGAAGGCCGCCGGGCGCCGGGCGCCGAGCGUCGCGAGUCGCGGGCCUAGUGACCGUCGACCGAGUGUGAUUCAGUAUCAGUAGUGCGUCGCCCGCGGCUACGGUCGGCCUUCGCCGGUCGCGCUGAUGCAAGUCCGGUGCCGGCACGAUGCGGUGGCGCGCGCGAGCGGCGCCUUCCCGCGCCAAGGAGCGCGCCAACCUCAGCUUCUUCAUAUUCAUCAUGUUCUUCGCGGUGUUCGGCGUCAUAGUGCUCACUGAGCUGCUGCUGCUCGAGAGACCCACGCCUGGCUCCACGAGAUCUCGGUACAGCGACGACCUACAGGGCUGGGAAGGUCGGACGGAGACUGGAGGCGAAGGCGCGGAGCCUCCGCCCCCGGCGCACGCGCCUCUCGAUGCCGUGUGGCAGCCUGUGGCAGGCACUAGGUUUAGAUUCUACGUGUACUCGGCAUACGUGGAGCGACGCACGGUUGCUGCGGUGCGGGUGAUCGCAGCCACGAAAACGCGCGGCGCGGAUCCCGUAAUGUGUCGCUUGUGGUUGGCGGAUAACCGCACCAUCUCGCUCAAGGCCAGGGUCAAGCCUAUCCGUGAAAACUGGAACCUGAAAUACAGUGCAACGUACGUGCUAUGCCUUCUAAGGGACUCAGGAGUGAAGCCGCAGGACACCGUGGGUGCUUCUCUGUCGAUAGUCGCGAGUGCAGCUCCGAACAGACCGCCCACCAACCUGCUUACAAUACGUGAUACUGAACCCAAAAGUGGCAUUGAGGAAACCCUGCAUGUGUGCGUGAAACCGUUCCACUUCUCAUACUCACGAGACGAAUGGCUAAUAGAAUGGUUCGAGCUGAACCGUCUGCUGGGCGCCAGUCACUUCUACAUGUACAACGAGUCGCUGAGCGUGCAAGUGGCGUGCUUGCUGGAACACUACAGGAAACAGGGCCUCGUCACUCUGCUGCCUUGGAAACUGCCCAUCGUCACCAAAGUGGAGAUCAGGACAGAAGGCCAGUUCGCUGCAUUCAACGACUGCCUGUACCGAUCAAUGGCAACUGCAGGCUGGCUUCUUGUCAUUGACGUAGAUGAGAUCAUCCUACCGCGGCGAGAACGAACGCUCACUGCGCUCUUAACGGCAAUGCGGGCAUCGUAUAACCCGCAGUCAAAAGCACCAUCUGCGUUUCUUUUUCGGAACGCCUUCUUUUAUCUGCGAUGGGAGGAUGAUCCUGAAGCCCCAGCGCCAUUAGUGACAUCGCGUAAAACAAGAAGAUGGGCGGCGCCCCACGCGCUCAAGAAUCGCAGCAAGUACGCGUUAAGGCCACACGACGCCGUCGAGCUGGGGAACCACUUUGUAUGGGAACUGGCGCCCGGGGCCACUUCAGUAGGCGUUCCCACCGACAGAGCACUGUUACAUCACUAUAGGAUCGCGUGCGAAUAUGGUGGUAUGCAGUGCCUCACAGUGCCAUCAACAGUGGACCGCACAGCGCAUCGAUGGGCCGAAGAAUUGAUGCAAAGGGUUUCUUCUGAGAAGGAGCAGCUAGCUAGAGAAUGUCCCGCCUAAACCAAUAUCCAUAUAGGUCGUUCCACAAUACAAACAAUUUGUCAGUGUAUGUAUGUCAUAUAAAAAUCAAAUAAACCAGAUUUAGGAUGAAAAAAAUAUGAUCUAAGUACUUUUAUCAGUUUGAUACACCAUAACUCCUAAUUCCAUCGCAAGUGCGCCAGCAAUAACAUCAGUUUGUAACGAUAGGCGCGCUGUACCGUGAAGUCAGUGAUAUAAGAUAUCACUGACAAUAUAGGUACAGUGCGCUUCCUAAGGGUUUCAGAAAAAAAAAACAAAUAUCCAGAAUCUGUUUCGCCCAAACUAACAUACACAGGUCAUUACUCCACAAUGCAAACAAAUUCUGACUUUUACUGUAGGUAUAUCAUAUUAAAAAUCUACUAGAUCAGAUUAGCUGGGAAAGAACCGACUUUACGAUCUUUUCUUACCAAUUCGACGCACCAUAGCUAUUAUAUCCACUGCAGGUGCGCCGGCUGACGUUAUAAGCACACUGUACCUGUCAGUAAGUGAUAUCCAAGUGAUAUCUUACAGCAGACAUUACGCAAGUCUUGUUUUUACCAGCUCAUACCUAUAAGUCAUGGCUAUCAGCCGCGUCCGGGGCAUUGAACAUAGUUGGCAUACCUACAAGUCCGCCAUUUUGAAAAAAUCUCUAUCACUCUUUAUAGAUUCUAUCAAAAUUUUAUCCACUGAUACCUAUGUUUAUCUUUAUUAAAUAUUUUACAUUAUGUUAUUUUGAUAAUAUACAUUUUUGAUUUGUUUGCCUAUUCUUAUACGCUAUUAUUACCAUGUAUUAUUAUUUACGCUUUUUUUUGUUUUUCAGAUUAGUUAUGUAGCUGUAUUGGUUGUAUUUUAAAAAUGUAUCAGUGCCCAUUUGUUUGAUAAUACAUAAGUAAGUACCUAUUGGUCCUACUUAUAAUUUAUUUUCUUGCAAAGUACUAUUAUUAUACUUUUUAAAGUUUUUACCUACCUUUGAAUAUUUUUAUAGGUGACCAUGACUAUCUUACAAUUAAGUCUCAAUAUGUUAAAAGAUUGGGAUGUUAUUAUCUACCUAACCCAAACUAUCAUAUUUAUGGCAUACUAAAUUAAAACCAUGUCGUCACUCGUCGAGGAAUUCAUAUAAAAAUUACAAAUUACAACAAGUAAAAAAGUAAAAGUUGUAAAAUUCUAAUUGAGUAAAAAUAUUUUGAUUUUUUUUUUUGAACAGUAUAGUGCCCCAAUAUCAUACCAUUAAAUCUUAGAGGACCACUGAACUCAACAUAUAUAGGUACUUAACAUAAUAUUUUAUAAAAAUAAUAUCCGUAAGUACAUAAAAUUGUUAGAUAAAUGAAGUGAAAUAUUCUGUAAAAAUAAUAAUUAAGGUUCAAGAUUAGAUAUUUUGUUAAAUUGCUCAAAUAAUUUGACAUAAUCAGUAUUAUUGUAAAUCGGCUGGGUCGGAUCAUUAAUAGAUUUUCAUAUUAUGAAGAUUUCAAUAAAGAUUUUAAUUUUUCAUGGUUUUUUAAAUAUUUUUUUCUAAAUUUGAGUAGGUAUAUACUACCUAAUUCUCUUCGUAAAGGUAGCAAGUUUCUUAAAUAGGUAAGUAUAUUUCUUAUUCUCUAUAUUGUCUACAAUAAAGAUAUUAUUAUAAAUCUUAUGUUACGUCUUAUCUUAUCUUAUCUUAUGUACCUUUACGUUUUUACUUUUGAGUACGCAACCUAACUUAAACAAUAUGACGUACCUAAGCGAUAAUUUGAAACUUUAUUACUGAUCCGAAAUAAUUGUACAACGUUAUUUUUUGUUAGUGAAAAAAUUUGAAAAUUGGUAGUUCAUUUUGAUAUUAACUAGCCUAAUCGAUUGUAAUAACAAAUAAUUAUUAUUUUUAACGAUUUUACAUUUUAUCCAAAAUGUAGGUACCUAGUUUUGUGAUGUACAAUAAAAGUAUACCUAUUCAUUCAUUAAUUCAUACCUACUUAUUAAAAUUUCAUCAAGUUCUUAUCAGUUCAAUCUCAUUUUUUUUGAAAAUAAAUACUACCGUUAUUACAUGUUUAUUUAAAAAAAAAUAUUACAUCUGUUUCGGAUUGUCUAUUACCUAAGUACCUACGUAACAAAAUUUAACGUUGUAUACCUAUCUAUGUAAAAAAUAUCUAUUUUAUUAAAUCUGGUUUAAUACUAUCUCGAUAAGAUAUUUGUUAAAAAAAAAAUAGAUGUAAAAUAUAAAUACGGCCAAAAUGAAUAAAGCCCUGAUAAUAAUAAAAAUUAAAUUUAAGAAUUGUUAAGAUUUGGCUGCAUCUUGUGUGUGAUUCUAGCACGCGAUAUUUAUUUGUAUAAAAGCUGUAGGUGUUAUUGAGAAGAAAGGAUAAGAAGAGAUAUAUAGAAGUAGUUCAUAUGUAUGGAUCUCUAUGUGAGAGAUCAAAAAGGUUUUUGUUCUGUUGCUACUAUUUGUGAAGAAUCAAAUGGAAAAAUUAUUGUAAGAUCUUCAAUAAAAAAUGUCGAGUUUGUCAAUUUUAAAUGACGCGCCCCACUACGUAUAUCUAAUUGGGUGGGGAGGGGAAAGUGGAAAUCGUCUCAUAUUUCUCAAAAUUAAUCUAUGUCUAUUUGUUAUGCGUUUAAACAUCAUUCAUUUGAUUAAGUUGAAAGUCAUCAUAUUGUUGACACUUGCAUAAACUUGUAGUACCCUCAUAGGGGGGCUAUCGGCUAAAAAUAUAUCAAUCAAGCAUCAAUAUCAAAACAUGGUAUUUAGCCAAUGGGAUUGGUAAAAAACCAUGUUUGCACAUCAAUGCUGUCCUUUAAUGAUUGAUAUAUUUUUAGCCGAUAGGGGGGCUGACCUUCGUUAUUUUAUAAAAGCUGAAAAGUUUAUCUGCGCAUUGCCCCCAACCCAGGGAGGGACGAUCAGCGACUAGGUAUGAAACUUGGAUCAUCGUUGCUUUAGCAGAUAACAGGUACCUAACAAAGGUAUAUGAAAACUUUCGGCAAAGUUAUUUUAACUUAAAUUAAGUAUGGAUGCGUUCACUUUUCAGUAGGCAACCAAAGGUAGCAAAAAAAGGUAGGGUAAGUUUAUGGAAUUUGGUUAAUACGUGUAUUAAGUAUGUUUUCUUCAAAUACGUUUCAUUUGGCUAAUUAUUAACAGAUGGGUAAAGCCAGUUGCAGACCGAAAACUAAGCUAUGCCAAAGCUAAACUAAGCAAGCUAGGCUAAGCUAAGCUAGAAAUAAAUGGCGUGCAUACCAAGAGCUAAGCCAAAGCUCAGUCAGUGUUGCGAAGUUUAAUUAGAUAAAGACAAAGGACACUGGACAGCAUUGGCGUAGGAUGUGCGAAGGGCGGGCGGAGAAGGCGGGAGGGGCUUAGCUUAGCUCGUGUAGCUGCACAUCGGCAUACACAACUAACUUAGCUUCGCAUAUUUUAGUUAGCUUACAUAGCUUAGUUUGCAUAGUUUGCGGUCUGCACACAAGUAUGGAAAACUGCGUCAGCUAUACGAGCUAAGCUAAACUAACUUAGCUCUUGGUCUGCGACCUGAGUAAAGGUCGUUUUCGUUUAAGGCCUCAUUCGCACGAGAGCUUUUUUAACAUCCGUUAAAAAAGCGUUCAAAUAGAACAAAUGCAUUCCCAAGUACCCUGUUCACACGUCAACGCUUUUUUAACGCGCACUUUGUAUUGUCAGCGCAACGCCGGGUUUUAUCGCUCGUGCGAAUUAGGGCUCCUCUCGUAUCUUGUACCCGUACCUACCUAAUAGUCAAUUUUUAUUUUGACAGUCAAGUGUCAACUUUAAUAGGAAUUGUUUUAGGCUAGGAACCAAGAAUGUAGCGUAAUUGUGCUAAAAUGUUGGUGGAGCGCCAUAUCUGCUGCUAAUGUUACUCGCGUUGCUAAAUAGAAGGUUGAUAUUUGUAUUUAUUAAGUGUAUAAUAAAAAAAGUCAUAAUCAUUGUUUUAAAGAUACUUGUAUAUAAAAAAUGCAUUUAUGUUGUACAAUGUAAAUAUUAUUGUACCUUAUACCAGUAUAAUACCAAAUUAUUUAGCAAAAUUAUAAGUUUCGAUCAUACUUAUUUUUAUAUUCGCUGAUUUCCUGUUUUACAAAAUUGUUUUUUUUUUUUGAUUAUUGCAUUUCAAAGACUUUAUAAAUAAAUAGACGUUUCGGAUAAUAUCAAACGUAACGUUAAUAAUACUUAAUUUGGAAAGUAAAAUCAUUAAUUACUAAAUUAUUAUUAAAACAAAGACUUAAGUAAUUUAAGAAUUAUAAUGAGUGACGGUAAGUUACUAGUGGCACCAUAGUUUUUGGGGACAGUAUCUAAUUGCCGCCUUCUUUUUAUAUAUUUUAUCGCAGUUUAGUUAUUAAUCAAAAUUUCUUGUACUUUUACAUAACUUUGAAUUUUUCACUUUAUGUAAAAACAGAUUUUAGGCUAAAGUCAUAUUAGCGCAGUGUCAAAGUUUUUUUUUUUUAUGUUAGCAAUCUGUUUUGUAAAGUUACUGCAAUCUCACCUGCAAUUUAAGUUAAAGUUCAGUUUAAUCGAAAGUUUAGAAAAUCUCGUCAUUGCGCAUUGACUCAGUCUUAAACCUUAGUUUCCUCCUGAAAUUGACUGAUAGCAAAAAUCAAAUAAUUUAUAUUAGUUCGCGAUUGAGAUACGAUAUAGAUACGAUAUUUUGAUAUUUUUUAAGGUUUGAGUUGUGUAUGAAAAAGACAAACGAGAUUUUUAAAUAUUAAAUUUUGAAAUCUCAUAUUUACGAGUACAAUUUAGCAUUUAAUAAAUAUAAUAAUUGAUAUGGAUAUUAGGUACAUGUAAAUUAUUUAGAGCCAUAUGAAAUCAUGAAACAUUUUUUUUAUUUCUUCCAUAUAAAAUCAUACCGUUACCUAUGUGAUUUCAACAAUGUAACCCAAAUAUCAGGAUUUUUACGCGUCGACAGGUCGACGCGUAAAUCGGUGUGGGGACGCCCCCGCACACCCGCACAGCUCCGCGCUAACUCGGUGCGGGAUAGAGCGGUGAAGUGCGGGUGUGCGGGUAUCCCCCUGCCUCAUACCCCACUAGCCAUUUCGACAUGUCGCUUACACCCUCAGCCUAAUACAGUAACUACUGGUGUAAAUACGUUUUUAACGAAGUCGUUUACUACUUAAAUAUAAGCUGUUUGAAUCUCAGAUGUUCUUUCUGACCAGUUGAAAAUGAUGUAUUAAAUGGAAGGAUUUUUGUACAACAAAAUUUUUGAAAACGUGCAGGCUGUGCAGUCUAGGAAUCGACGCUCAAAUAUGAAAAAAUUUAAAUCAAAACAAAUACCACUCAUAUUACUAAGUGAUUAUAUUAUUUUAUUAUACUUAAUAUUAAUAUUUUAUAAGCAUUAUUAUUUACCUAUAAUAUACAUAUAAUUGGUAAAUAAUAUUAUUUUCUGUAUGUAUAAGGAAUACAAAUAUUUUCUUCGCCUCGGUUGGUUACAUUAUAAUAUUUUUAUUAUAAUUUUGAACUAGUUAUUUAAAGAUAUGUAAUUUAAGAGCUAAACAGUGUUUGGGAAACUUUAGAGUUUUAGAUAUUUAGAGAAUUCCUAACAGCAUUAAAAAUGUCUAUGAAAUUAACAUUUUAAGUUCCUUUAAACUUGAUAUUAUUAUACUUGUGAUUUGAUAUUGUAUAAAUAUUAUAUAAAUAUUACAAUAUUUAAUAUACUUACCUUUAUUAUAAUGCUGUUAGUGUCUCAACUCUAAAGUAUGAUUAAAGCAAUAUGAGUAACCCGUCGGAAAUAAUAUAAAAAAAAUAUGCAUUUUUUUAGUUCGAUAUCAGUACCUAAAUAAAUUCAUUGUCAAAACUGUGAUAUUUUAUAAUACUAACCAUUAAAAUUAAUAAUAUUAUAAUCAAAAUUAUAAUUUAUUAUUGUUGCAUUAUUGUUGGUUCUAAUUAUUCUAAACAUCCUUCGUAAAGGCUUUACCACAAUAAUUAAUAAAGAGACAAGCCACAUUGGUGGAGUAGAAGUGACGUAAAGUGUCAAUUUUGAACAGAUUUAUCUGCUAAUUUAUGUAUAAUUUGUGUCAUAUAAAUAUUAUAUUUGUAAAAAUAUAAACCUACUACAUAAUAUAAUAUUUGGAUCAUAUAUUUGGAGAGUAGUACCUAAGUAUCACAAUUUUUGUAUAAUUUUGUCUACCAUUUCCGACGGGUUAUACUUGUCGAUUUUAGUGGCAAAAGUAUUUUGUGUCUAUAUAUUUUUUAUCUGUGAUGACUAUUUUAGAGAUGAGGGUUGUACCUAUUUGUUUCAGAGGUUAUUUGUUAGUGGGAUGUUUAAACUGGUCUUUUUGUAAAAUAAAAAAAUAUUGACUUGAA